AUGGAUGGUUUCGAGAAACCACAGUCUUACGUUAGCUGGUCAACUGCUCAAGUCAUAUCUUGGCUUUCUGGCCUGGACGAUGCUCUCGAACCUUACUUAUCUGCGUUUAGUUCGAAAAAUAUAAGUGGGAAGUGGUUGAGUUCAUUAACAGCUGAUGUUUUGGGGAGAUAUGGUGUUCAGAAAGUCGGCCACCAAAUGAUUAUAAUGGAGAAAGUCAGACAACUUCGAUAUCAGUUUUCAUCAUUUGAUAACGAAACACUGCAGUCAGUUUUACUACGCGUUUCACGUUCCUGCAUCUGCAUUGUCACUGCCAUAAACUCGCUAAUGGCUAUUACUAAAAGACAAGAUGCUGACAGUCCCUACCCUGGGAUACUAUCAGAUAUUCAGGGGGCCGUUUCGUAUAUUCUUAGCUGUAUAUUGAACUUGAUGUCCACGAUUGUUAGUGCUGCAUCUUGGCUAGAACGGCCUCCUUUCUGUCUUCUGCCCGACAUGAUGGUUUUCCGACAGUUUCUGGUUGAGAAUGCUAUAAUUACUAAUAGACUGGCUCAACAAGCCAUAACUACUCAAUGUAAUGAACAUUUUAGGGAGAUAGUAGAUUGUAUUGAACCUAUGAGGAGUCGUGUUGAAGACGUUCUUCAGAACUGUGGAGAUUCCAUCUUGUUAACACCAUGUGGUAUUGAAGUCGUACAAAUAAGGAAACUGGAUUCUGCUGAUUUCGGCUUCAAUUUUCGAUCCACAAUAAACAACAUUCACGUAAUUGUUUCGGUUCAAGAUGAGUCUCCAGCAUUUUGUACAGGAAAAGUUAAUAAAGGAGAUGAAGUAAUUGAAGUUAAUGAACAAAUAGUUAUCGGUUGGCUUCACUAUCGGGUUGCCGACCUGAUGAGACAUUCUGCACAACACAUUAGUCUGCGUUUACGGAAACGACCUACUCAUUCCAAUGAUUUCAUAGGGUUUCCCGGAGCUGGGCGACGACAUCGUCUAAUGGUCAAUCAGAUACCACCAGCUGGAAGUUUAUCACAGACACGAGGUGCAUACAUAUUUGCACGAAAUCCAAAACGUCGAUUACCGUUAACUGGUCCACUUUCUACUGAACCUCUGGCUGUUACCCAAGAAAUUACCUCUGACCAAACAUCUGUUUCUUCGCCUACAUCAACUUCUCCUCCGGAAUCCCAAUCUAUUGUUAGUGUGUCUGGCUUAUUUUCCUCUUCGCCUACAUCUUCGUUAUCUAUGCAUCGAGACGCAUCUAUAAAAAUAAUAAACAGUGAUUCCUGUAAUCUGGAAACUUCUGUUCACAUAUCAUCCAGACCUAGUUCAAGCAAUGAAUCGGUGAUGUACAGUAACUCAAGACUUAUUGCUAGUACACCAAAUACUCCUCUGAUGACAUUAAGAUCAAUGGAUUCUGCAGGCUCGCAUUCUUCAUUAUCAUUUUCACCACAUCUUCCGCCUGCAUAUCCUAGCGUUUUAAACUUUGACAGUUCAUUGACUGAUGCAAGUGUACUUCCAACUGAUGUAGCCUACUUAAAAAAAUACAAGACUGUCAAUACACUUGCGCAUAUUCGAUCAACUUCUUGCUCAUCGAAUAAAACCGUACUCCCUCGUAUCUCUCCGACACAUCGGCGUACUGCUUCUGGUGAUCCAAAACUUCUGAGCAAUAUGUCUAGUCGUAAUAGUGAAGAUUUAUCGUCUGAAAACAAACCAAGUUCAUCUUCUUCGCUUCGUUAUUAUAGCAGUUCAUCUCCUAAAUUUCGUGCUUUAGAUAAACGUCAUAGGAAUCUUCAUCGUGCCAGUCUUGAUGAUUUUGUGUUUUUCCUGAAACAUGGACUGGGAUCAAAAAAGCCUACUCGGCGUAUUUCUUGCAAAGAUCUCGGACAAGGGGAUUGUCAAGGAUGGCUUUGGUUGAAGAAAACCAAUACACUUACCAGUAAAUAUGUGAAGAGAUGGUGUGUCUAUAAAAAUUCAACAUUCUACUAUUAUAGAAAUCCGGAUGAUGAUUCAGCGGAAGGUUUAAUUCUACUCCAUGGCUUCACUAUCACUCCGGCAGUCUCAGUAAAGUCGGGUAAAUUGUAAGUUUACCUUUUUGUAUUCCCUGACAAACUUAUUUACUACAAGUUUGUCAACAUUUUCGCUUGUACUGUAUGCCUUCUUUAUACCCCACUGAACCACACGUUUGUGUUGUCUUGUCAGCAAGUUAGGUCGUGACGUUUGACACAAAUCUAGUUGGUUCGCCCAACGUCUACUAUUUCGACUAGUCAUCACAAUCUCAGAAGCAGAGAGUCAUAUUUCAAAAAUUGUAUUAUCAGAUUGUUAAGAUUUAUUAUCUUUUAACAGGAUACUUGGUUUUGUAUUGGGUUUCAUUUUGGUAACAACGAACAAUUGCACUGCUAGUUCAACAUCUCAAAAAUUAUGGGCA